GUCCGUUGAACGCUGGCCUGGGCUCUCGUCCUCCCCUUACUAGAGGCUGGCGAAAAAUCUGAGAAUUAGUGGUUCUGGCCGCCGCCAGGCGUCCAGUGACUUUUGUUUUCAUUUGGUUGAGCCCGUGCCCCCGGAGCCGGGCGACUAUUCUGUGCCGGCCGGAGUCUCCAGGUCUUUAUUCAGAGAAUCAGCGUAGUUGGACUCCACAGACUAAACCAUGGAUUUUCAGUGACUACAGAAUCAUGUGGUUCAAGUCCUAUAGAAUGACUUCUGCCUGCUUGAAUAGAAUAAAAAUUCACAGGUACCCUUGGACAAGACUGUAUAGCACUUCUCGGACCACUGUAGACAGCAGUGAGGUAAAAACAUUCCUGGCCCUCGCUCACAAGUGGUGGGAUGAACAAGGAAUAUAUGCACCUCUUCAUUCUAUGAAUGACCUGAGGGUGCCAUUUAUUAGAGACAAUCUUUUAAAAACAGUUGCUGAUCACCAGCCAGGAAAACCUUUGUCUGGGAUGAAGAUUCUUGAUGUUGGCUGUGGUGGUGGAUUAUUAACUGAACCUUUAGGGCGCCUUGGAGCUUCAGUUAUUGGAAUCGAUCCUGUGGAUGAGAACAUUAAGACAGCACAGCACCAUAAAUCAUUUGAUCCAGUCCUAGAUAAGAGAAUAGAGUACAGAGCAUGUUCCCUGGAAGAGAUUUUGGAAGAGAUGAUAGAAACAUUUGAUGCUGUUGUGGCUUCUGAAGUUGUAGAACAUGUGAUUGAUCUAGAAGCAUUUAUACAGUGCUGCUGUCAAGUGUUAAAACCUGGUGGUUCUUUAUUCAUUACUACAAUCAACAAGACACAGCUGUCCUAUGCCUUGGGAAUUGUUUUUGCAGAGGAAAUUGCAGGUAUUGUACCAAAAGGUACUCAUACAUGGGAGAAGUUUGUAUCACCUGAAAAGCUAGAGAGCAUUUUGGAAUCAAAUGGUCUGUCAGUUCAAAGUGUGGCAGGAAUGCUCUACAACCCCCUGUCAGGUUACUGGCAUUGGACUGAAAACACCAGCCUUAACUAUGCAGCUCAUGCCGUGAAAUCCGGGGUACAGGACCAGCCGGUACCUGCUGAGUUUGCUUUCAAGGAGGAAACAGAGGAGCUCAGAGGCCAAGACUCUACCAUCCCAGGUGCUCAGGAGGAGCUGAAGAAAUGAAUGGUUUCUAAGGACCGUACACUAUGGCUCGAAAGUCUGAUGUUUACAUUUGGAAAAAAUAUGUAAUUGAUCUUUUGUGAGAGCAUCAUGAAGGAGAGAAAAGUCAAUAAAAAGGGCUAAGUCUUGGAUAAAAGUUUUUGUUGUUUCAUCUAGUAGCAACUCUCAAGGGAUUAUUUUAUGAUUUAGGAUAAAAAAGUUUUGUCAAGGUAUUGUGUAAUCUAGGCGCUUAAAUUCCUCAGCCUUGGUUAUAUACAUAGAAUAUGCAUAUUUUACCUCCUUUUACAAAUUAUACAUUCAUCCAGCAUGGAUGCACAUAUAUAUAUGCUGUAAUGUGUUUUAAUUUAAAGGAAUCUGCAUUAUAUAUGUUUUUUAUUGGGUUUUAGCUAAAGGUAGUUAUGCUUCUUGACUUAUGAAACCAAAUAUAGUUUUAUGCCACUUAUAUUUGGGAAGAGAAAAUGUAUUUUUUCCUUUAAAUUUUAGCUUGUUGGAAAGCAAAUGGAGAGUUAAAUGUAUGCUGGAUUUGGAUUCAAACAUUAAAAUCAAGAAAUUUGGA